GAAAAUAGAAAUUAUAAAUAAGCAAUGAAUGCAUAAUUUAUUAUUUCUCGCGCUUUCUUCUUCUGCUAGUUCCUUUCUUCCCAAUCUCCUUCUCAAAUAUCUCGUUUCUCCCUUUACACCUUUAUCUCUCUUUGCAACUUCUUAUUCGUUUAAUAAUCAAAAGCGAUUCAUUCUUUGUUUUCCAGUUUGUCUUAUGUUGAGACGGUGAAGUAGGGAAAGUGUGGUGAGAGUUGAGAAGGGAGGAAAUGGCUGAGAUUGCCACUGGGUCGUCUGGAACAGGGAGGUUGAAGUCACUGGAAGGCGUAUCUACUGUGCAGCAGCAGCAGUGCCAGCCUGAGGAAACGUUGGUGGAAUGGAGGUCUUCCGAGCAGUUGGAAAAUGGGAUCCCAUCAACCUCGCCUCCAUACUGGGAUAUCAGCGACGACGAAGGCGGUAUGCCAUUUGUUCCCUUAAGGAUAAUUGGAAGCCAUGUUAAUGAAUUCCUUUUAAUGGUUCUGUUUUAGUCAAUUUUGAGAAAGUAACAUGAUAUCAAUCAAUAUUGUGCUAGACAUUUGUCAUGUGGCAUCUCUGAUUUUUUGCCUGAAGCUUACACCCUGAGGCUUGCAUUACUGAGGCUUUCACUAAAUGUCUCGAAGCUUACGCCUUGAGGCUGUUUGGUAAAGCUUUUAUGAAGCUUAUUCCUCAACGUACUCGGCUCACGCCACAGGGUGGUUG